AAAAAUUUAGAACAACGUGAAGCAUUCAACGGCGUAAUACCAGCCUCCGAAUUGCGCGGCCGCGUUCUCUGCUGCGAAGGCGAAGGCUAAGGCUAUGCGCCUGCGCCCAAAUUCAUUGAAGCCAUGAGAUAAAAGGAAUCCUCUCUCUGCGUGCGAUGCCUCUGGCGCGAUCUCUCCUUCCUCUUAGAAAUUUCCUUCUCUCUCUCCGUUUUUCUGGCGAAAUCUCCAGGCGGGGAUGCAAGCAGCUAUGUGGAAGAGUUUACCAUCAUUACGGAAUCCUCUGUACCCUUUUCCUCACUUCGCUUCGUUCCAUUCCACCCCCAUCUCUCUCGCCAAAUGGAAGAGCAAAUGGGACGAUAAGGGUGAAAGAACAAGUCGAAAACCAUCUAAGACUUACAUAAGAUAUGCAGUUCGUCAAAAGCGUGCUGAAGCAAAAAAAGCUCUUAAAGAUUUUUUUCUAUGUGGCAAAUCUUCGAAAUUUCACAUUCAGGAUGAAGACUUAUAUUGGUGUGCUGAUGGUAUCAGCAGCAGAAAUGCCAACGUAGAAAACGGUUCGCAUGGAUUUGAUAGUAUUCCACGGUCCAGAAAAUCUGGAAAAUCAAAGCCUUAUAGUUCGUCAUGCUCUGGAAAAGGAAAACAUGGUGGGAGUAAGCGUUGGCAGAAUAGUCAAAGCUAUUAUGACGAAGAUGAUUAUGGCCAUCCUGAGACAAUCUUUGAAGCUGUCUUUGGUGGACACAAGGGUUUUACUUGGUCCUAUGCAUCAUGGCAGAACUUUCAUUUCAAUUACUCAACAUCAAGAUCUGAACGGAGCAAUGAAUCAAGAUGGGAAAAAGCUUGGAAAAGAGUAUGGAGUGAAAGAGAUGUUUAUGACGAUUUGGAUGUAGGUUCGCACUCUGACAGAGCUACUCUUGGCUUACCACCUACAGGGCCCUUAAAAUUAGAUGAUGUCAAAAGCGCUUUUCAUGCAUCUGCUUUGAAGUGGCACCCUGACAAGCAUCAAGGCCCUUCACAGGCCAUGGCAGAGGAAAAAUUCAAGCUCUGUGUUAAUGCAUACAACUCCCUGUGCAAUGCCCUCAAGGCGGCGUAAGUUGCAGGACAUACUCUAUCUAGAUUACAUCACAUUGGAGUUAAUCCAUCAAGUAUACAAUUUCAGUUGUCGUCUAAUAUCAUAAUUAUUCCAUUCUUUUAUUUUGGCCAUGUAUUAAUGUUAGGCUGUUCUGUGGAGCUUGCAUUCUCUAUUCUUUUAUUAAAUAUUUAAUAAGUCUCUCUCUCUC